AUUCGCUUAUAAUAACCUAAGAUAUUACAAGAAAGCCGGUGCCAGAAACAAAAAACCGGCGAUAGGAAAGAUAUAACUGGCCAUUUAAAUAUCAUCUAUUCACACCUAAAGUAUUACAAAAAUCCAAGUAUACUCCACAGUACCCGCUUCCCUCGUUUGCGGAUGUAUGCCAAGAUCUUUCACUGAAAAGCACUCGAAACAAGACAUACAAUAUGACUAACAACGAAACGACUCCUUUAGCUACAUCGUCCCAACGACUGGAAAAAACAAAAUACAAUUGUCCAAAACCCGUCCCUGCUUAUUACCCACAUCCUGGUUCUCCUAUAUAUGCUAACAAAGAAUUGUAUACCCGUAUUGCAAAGUCCCCUAAAAAAUUAGUAAAAACUCAUAAUUGUGCCCCUCGUUCAGGCAUUGCUGUUACAAUUCCUGCAAAGUCGGUGUUUCGUAUCACUACACCAAAAGGUCCUCAAGUUUGUGAUCUUAAUAUUUGGAACCUUCAUAAUCCCAGAGAGCGUUUCUGGGCUGCCAGAACACGCCAGCUGCAUUCCGCUCAUGUUUCCACGUUUGACAGACUCUGGUCUACUUUGCCCUACCUGCGUCCCCUAGUUACCAUUACUGCCGAUUCUAUGGAGGCUCGCCAUGACGAAUGGGGAGGCCGAGUCCAUGACACCUUGGGCACAAGAUGUGAUCCCUAUGUAGACAAACUUAUUUCCGGCAUGGACAAUGAUUUACAUUGCCAUUCCAAUCUAACAAGAGCUAUCAUGCCUUAUGGCCUCACCGAAUUUGAUGUCCAUGAUGUUUUGAAUGUCUUUCAAGUCACCGGCUUGAACGAACGCGAUCAAUAUUUCAUGGAAGCCUGUCCUGCGACAUCCUUGGAUUAUUUUGAAUGCUUUGCUGAACAGGAUCUCCUUGUUGCUAUUAGCGCAUGCCCUGGGGGCGACUUGUCCCAAUGGGGUUGGGGUGAAAGCGAGGAAAACAAGGAAGAAAGCAAGAUGGUUGAUUGCUGUCGUCCCUUGGGUAUUGAAGUAUAUCAAUUACAAGACGAGAAAGACACUCUAAAAGGUUGGAACCCUCCUCAAUUUAUCAAUUAUAAGGGUAAUCAUGGCCUUCGUGGACCCCAGUAAAACCAUUCCUAAUUUCUAACGCUAUGGAUUCCAUUAGGCGGACAUAUUUGGAAAUUCUGUUUUGUCACGAAAAGCAAAUAGGUAUGCUGAAUGAUUACUUUUGGAAUUUUACAAAUGAAUAUCCCCCAUGUCUUUAAAGAGUCUAAUUAUCUUUAUUAAAAAUAUAUCCCA